AUGUCCGGAGAAGUUUCUAUGAUCGGCUCCGUCAUCCUGGCCCUGUUCCUGGCCGGGUACCUGGGCCAGCAGUACCUUCCUCCCCCCAAACCCAGAGUCAUCGGCCUGGACCUGGGCACCACCUUCUGCUCCGUGGGCGUCUUCCACCCGGGCAGCGGGGAGGUGGAGGUGUUGGCGGAUGAGGAAGGGAGGAAGAGCAUCCCCAGCGCCGUCUCCUUCACGACCACCGCGGUGCUGGCCGGACACGAUGCCGUGGACCUGGCCGACACCAACCCACAGAACACCGUGUACGACGCCAAGAGGUUCAUCGGGAAGAUAUUUGACCCGGAGCUGAUGGAGCAGGAGAGCGCCCGCUACCCGUUCAAGGUGAUUAACAACAAUGGAAGUGCAGAGUUUCUGAUCUCCACCAAUCAAACCUUCACCGUGAGCCCGGAGUUCAUCGGCUCCAGGCUGUUGCUGAAGAUGAGAAAGAUGGCUGAGAGGCAGCUGGGUGUGCCGAUCCAGAACGCUGUCAUCUCCGUGCCCGCAGAGUUUGACGAGAGACAGAGGAACUUCACCGUCAGGGCCGCCAACCUCGCCGGCUUGGAGAUCCUGCGAGUGAUAAACGAGCCCACGGCUGCUGCCAUGGCCUACGGCCUGCACAAGGUGGACGUCUUUAACGUGCUGGUGGUCGAUCUAGGGGGAGGAACGCUGGAUGUGUCUCUGCUUAACAAACAGGGAGGCAUGUUCCUCACCAGAGCCAUGGCAGGAAACAACAAGCUGGGGGGUCAAGACUUCAGCCAGAGGUUGCUCCAGUACACUAUGGAGCGAGUCUGGCAGGAGUUUGGCGUCCAACCCACUCUCAAAGAGGACAUUCACCAUCUCCGACAGGCUGUGGAGGCCGCAAAGCUCAACCUCACCCUCCAGCCCAGCGUCACGAUCGCAGUGCCGCUGCACCUUCAAAUCCACGGUAGCGCGGAGUCGCCCGAAGGCUCCGUUCCUGCUCCGGUUCUCUUUCAGGCCGUGAUCCAUCGCGAUCUGUUUGAGGAGCUCAACGAGGACCUUUUCAAGAAGAUCCUGGCUCCUGUGGAGACGGUGUUGGCUGAGGGCCGCCUGGAGAAAGAGGAUGUAGAUGAGAUCGUUCUGGUCGGAGGCUCCACGAGGAUCCCGCGGAUCAGGAGGCUGAUCAGUGAGUACUUUGGGAAGGAGCCCAACACGUCUGUCGACCCUGACCUGGCUGUGGUGACAGGUGUGGCCAUUCAGGCGGGAAUCAUGGGCGGCUCCUGGCCACUGCAAGUGAGCGCUAUAGAAAUACCCAACAGACACCUGCGCAAGACGAACUUCAGCUAAUCUUCACAAGGCUAAUGUGUUAAGAUAAAAAGGGAUGAAACAGACUGGCCACAGAAUCCUCGCUGUGUCAGACGUCUCUAUUGUGCUUAAUGUAAAUUCUGCUGAUCACACACACAAGACGUUCAGGUUUUCAUCGUCUCCUUCUUUCUUAUUCGUGAGAGAUUUCAGUAACAGACGUAAAAAAAAUGCAGAUGAUGUACUGAAACACGCCGACUGUCCUCUUUGACGUGCAGUGAUCGUUAGAACAUCUGCACAAGUCAACAUUCCUCCUCACUUUCACAGUUACGGCUGCUUUUGUCGUGUCGAAGUUUCAGCAGAAAGACACAGCGAGUCUCUGAAAUGUGAAAGAGACGUUUCUCUGUCGUGUGUCUACUUAGAUGGAGUGUGAUUCAGGGAACCACCACUCGUUAAAAGAACGUAGAGACGAAUCAGUGCAUCAUCAUCAUCAGCUAUUUAUUUAUUUAUUGUCAUUAACUGUGUGUACGUGCCUGUGUGUGUGUGUGUGUGUGUACGUGUGUGUGCGCGUGUGUGUAUGUAUGUGUGAAGGUGUUUUACAGGCCUUAAUUCCAUUUUCACAUCUUCUCAUUGAAGGCUGAUGUACAGUGUGUUUGUGCCUUUUCAGAAAGCUGCUAUACUCUGAACUGAACCCAACCGCUGUGAUUUAGUGGUUCACACAGAGACCUCUUUUCCAGAACCAUGAAAUGAUCCCAUGUCCACUAGAAUACAUUUAAAUAUGUAAACAAUUAAUUUAUUACAAAUUAACUUUAAUACUCACAAGAGUGCUCGUCUGAUAACUAAUGAAUCCUGUCAGGUGCAGAGGCAGCAGCAAACAGGAGACUGCAUGUUGUUAAUGUUCACACAGGACUGUGAAUUAGCACCAUGAGUAAAUUCACUUUUAGUGCUGCAAGUUUCAGUACAACACUGUAUUAGUUUCAUAUUGAAGAAAGUUGUAAUAUUACAAGAAUAAAGUUGUAAUAUUACGAGAAUAAUACUUGGUGCUGAUGAGCAAAAAGAUUGAGCGGGAGGUAUUUUCUUAUACGUGAAACCUUUACUAAGGUUUAACUUAAAAAUAAAAAGAAUGACUAUUUUUGUAAUAGUAUUAUGACUUUGUUCAUGUUAUACUAUGAUUUAUUUUCUCUGUCGUAUUCCAGGACUUGCUUAUGCGGCAUGCUUUAUGUUUGCUAUAUUUAAAGUAAGAUGACUUGCACAACACUGCACACGUGUUGGAAACACCAGGUUUUUUUGCUGCUGUAGGAAGAGAAGGUCGACUCUCCCAUAGGACCAAAGCAUUGCUUUCUGCUGCCUUACGUAAUGAUACUGAGAAACAUGUUACUGUCACACACAUGAUGUUUGAUCUUUCUUUGAAAGAAUGAAACCCAGAACUCUGUAUCUCUGAAAUACAGACAAUCCAGUGAGGAUCAACAUUUCUCACCAAGAACUUAUAGUUACAACAUUCCUGUAAAACCAUCAAGCUUUUUUUAGUCAUUCAUGAGUAUGUGUAUUUAUUUUAUUUCAUUUUCAUGUAAUCUGAAUUCUGAGGCUGCACAGUUUGCAUUUGAUAAUGUAGUGAUUCAGUCUCGAGGGACUGGGAGAGAAGGAUCUAUUUUUGUAUGAAGUAAAACUCAUUGUCAGAGUCUAUCCACCUAAAAAGUGAAGUUAAUUUGCUAUGACCAAUUAAAACUGCAUAU